CGAUUGUGACCAUACCAGAUUCACACUACGACACAGUAGCUCACCAAUCCUAUCUUCCACUUUCCAUACACACAUAUACUUCAUCAUGACUGAUAAGCUUGACAUGCCCCUGGACGAUAUCGUCAAGACCGACCGCCAAAGCAAGAUCGCUGAGCGUAAGGCUAAACAGGCUGCUACACGCGGUGGUGCUUCUGGUGCCAGUGCUGGCGGUGCUGCUCGCCGUGGACGCAAUGCCAGACCUGCCGCCCCUUACGCUAGACCUCAACGUGCUGCCCAACCGCCCCCGCCCGCGCCGAGAGGGCCUGCUUCAACCAAGUUGAUGGUUUCUAACCUCAAUCCCUCCAUUGUAACAGACAAUGAUAUGAAGGAGUUGUUCGGUGGAAUUGGUAAGCUCAGAUCCGCACGCUGCCACUACAACGCCCAAGGCAAAUGCAUCGGAACGGCUGAGGUCAAUUUUGUGCGUGGUGAGGAUGCCGUUAAGGCCCAGCGACAGUACAACGGUCUGCAGUUAGACGGACGCCCAUUGCGCAUCGAGAUCGUCGGCGAUGAUGCUGCCAACAGUCAAGCUAGUGUCGUAAACCGAAUAACUCCUCAGGGAAACCGUCAGAGAGCUCCUGUAAACGGGCACGACGAUCGCAUGGGUAACCAAGCAACGACCAAAGCGUGCCACAACUGUAACAAGGUAGGGCAUCUAAAGGCUGAGUGUCGCUCAGCACCCCGAGGCGCACCUUCUGCGUCCAGAGGAGAGAAUGCUCGUGGGCGUGGUGGUAAAGGAACACGUGGCGGCAGAGGUGGAAAGGGAGGAGGCAGGGAGAAGAAGGAGAACAAAACCUCGGAACAGCUUGAUGCCGAGUUGGAUAGCUAUAUGGAGGAUGCUGCGGGUGCGGAGGUAACGGCUUAGAGUGCCAGAGAUAUGAUACAGGCGAUCACAUUGGACACGCACAAUAUUAGCAUACAUACGUACCAGAUAAAUUAUAUUACAACAGUAUAACACUGAAAGAAACAGUAUACGAAAACAGUCUGAGCGAUUCGUAUCAAAUAUUGGAGCAUGGAAUACUGACACGGAACUUGUGCUCAGAAUGACGUGACUUACUAGAAAUUGUUAAGCCUAUAUGCACAACAUCUGCUCUGGUUAGAAGGGUGGGAUUUCACGUGGUUUAUAUAGGGAAGACAGAGCAAAUGGCUUUCCCACCCACACUCGGUACUAAGAAAGUACGACUUACAGAAUCUAAAUAAAGAAAAAUGAACUGAAU